AUGAAUAAUAUAAUAUUAUUUAAUAAACAUCUUUUUUUUACAUCAACACAACAAUUAAUAAGAAAGAUCAAAAUUCAUGAUAAUCAUUAUCGAUUAUUUUCAUCAUCAUCCAAAGUCUAUAGUACUGAUAUUGCUGCACCGAAAUUUCAAAUUGAUUUACCCGGAAUAGAAAACUAUGGUUUUGAAGGUGCAUCAUCAUUUAUGAUGUGUAAAGAUGGAGCCGUGGCUUCGGAUUCAGAAGAAGCAUCGAAAGUUGGAAGAAAUUAUUGUCUUCAAUUUUGUGCAUUAACAUCAUAUACAUGUGUAUGUUUAGCAGUAAUUGAUCAAUAUAUGGCAACUUCUUUUUAUACUCGUUGGCAACAAUAUUUUAAUACAAAAAAAGCUUUUAUUGCAUGUGGAAUAGCUUGUAUUAUUUGGCUUAUUCAUGGUAUUCCAUCUUUAAUUUCAUUUAAUCUAAGUUUCAAUAUACGAACAAGAAGAAAUAGUUGUAUUUUAACAAAUCCUAAUUUUCAACCAUAUUAUAGUUAUGGUUAUAUACUUAUACUUGCUGGAAUUUUACCAAUUAUUAUUGAUAUUGCAUUUGGAUCUUUAGCAUAUCGGAAUGUAAGACAAAUACCAUAUCGAACAGUACCACUUGUUCGACGAGAAUUAGAUAAACAAUUAACAAGUAUGGUUCUUAUUCAAGUUGUUUAUAAAACACUUGUUGUUCUACCUUAUGUAACUAUUUUAUUUAUAUUAUUUACUGCCAAUAUUAAUGCUUUAUCAAUUACUGUUUUACAAUUGAAUUUUCUCAAUUUUGUCACUGGAAUGAUUUAUUAUUUAAACUUUGCGAGUCCAUUCUAUAUUUACAUCUGUGUAUCAAAACGAUUUCGACAACAAUUUAUUUAUGUUAUAUUAAGUAUUUACUCUAGUAAAAGAAAACAACAAUGUAUUGGUAUCAAUCAAAUAAAACCAUUAGAAGAGCAAUCACAACAAUUAUAA